CAGCGUGUUUAUUUUAACGGGUGGUGUUGCAACCUCGAGACAUUCAACCCUGGCUACUACGACAACGAAAACAGCUGAAGAACAUGGAGAAAAUACAUGAGAACAUUUGACGAAGGAGACCAAAAGAUGGCACAGGCUUGCCGAAAAAUGAAGCGACAAAACAUCGACGCAUAUCUGUCACCGACAACUACGCGAAAUCUGUUGGUUUUCGACGAGGAAUACCAGAAUACGUGAGGAGUUGUUUUUAACACAGUCGCCGAAACUCGAGAAGAAAGACGUGAAAAUGGCUACGGUUGUUGGCUCCCAGACGGGCUCUGAGCGGACCGCGAUGGAAAGGUUUGGCAGCGGAGGGAUGGCGCUUUUGCCGUGGACUAAACAGAUGCUCACCGUGCUGUGGGAACAGCUUCGGUUGCUGGUUCAAGUCAUUUACUACACUUUCGUGUCAGUUUUCCAGAUGUUCAGGUUUGAGGUUCACGUGAGAAUCACAGACGAGACCGGUCAGCACAUCCAGCACAUGACUACAGCCACAAACCCAACGGAAUCAUUCCUGUUCACCUCUUUGUUUGAGGGAGACAACGGAGUCAUGGUUGGUGGUUCAAAUCCCCUCUCCAACUUCUGUGCUGACGUUGGUGACCCCUUUACUGGGAAAUCCACUGCUGAGGCCUUGCUGUCCAGUCUGCGAGCUGACGACCUGUGCUGCGGACUCGUGGACGACUUUGUGUCCAGAACGGCCGGCAAAGAAGAGGGCAUCUUUCUAGGACACCAGUCCAGCUGGAAAAUGGGCUUCCCAGGCGACUGGAACUUCUUUGUGUCAAGCAGCGAGGGCUCUGGUUCUAACGACACGUGUCAUAAAAGCAGCGAGGAAGUCUUCACACAGGAUAUUUCAAAGGAAAUGGUUUUCAAGCAGGACACAUCAGAGGAGGAGAAGAGCUCUCACUGGAGUAGUGAGGAAGACCCGAACGCAGUAGAAUUUGAGAGUGAGGAAAGUAAGGCGCUUUGGGAAUCUCUGUCAAAAUCCAACGAUCCUUACAACCCCUUCUCUUUCUCUGCCUGUAUUUCAACUAACACAAAUAUGGGCAAAAGUAAAAGUGAAGUGAAAGACUGUAGCGAUACCGACCUCAUGUCAGUCAGCCAGGUCAGCGAGGAAAUGUUGGGGUUGCGAGGCCUGAAAAACUGGGUCAGUCGCUCUGACAGUGAGAGCAGUUGGAGCAGCUGGGCCAGUUCAGAUGGUUCGAGCCCUGACAUCGACAAGGAAGAAAGCGACAUGCUCUGGGACUUCUUCAGCAGUCCCGAAGACCCUUACAAUCCCAUGUGUUUCACUGCAUGCACAAUCAGCAGCACCACUCCCCAAACCACCACUGUUAUCUCUAAACACGAAACCCCAAAAUCUGACACAGACACCGAGGACAAGGAGGGCAGCAUUCUUCCUUCACCUGAAGAUGAUGAAGAAGAACUGUGGAAAUCUCUCUGCCAAAAGCAUGACCCUUACCACCCUUUGAACUUCCAGGCCUGCCUCCAGAGCUCCCCAAAAUCAACACUCCAGCGAGAAGAAGACUCAGACGCUCUUGAUGUUCACCACACACAGACUUCAUCCACAAAAGGAAAGAAACAGGCAAAAGCAUUCCAGAAAUCCAGAGCUGUCAAGCCAUCUCUGCCAGAGAGGCAGAUAAAAUAUCACUCGCAUCCAGACACAACACUAGUGCCCUGGAAAAGACCUGGACAAACGCCCCGAGCAACUUCAGAGAAGAAGGAAACCAAGGCUGACACCACCCAGAAAAAGGUUCGAUUUUCUCCUCUUGUCCAAGUCCAUGUCAUGCGGACCUGGCCGUUUGCUCGACAGGCGUCUCGGAAAGGACACUGGGAAGAAAUGGCACGAGACCGUGACCGCUUCCGGAGGCGGAUUCGGGAAGCAGAGCAGGUCAUUGGCCAGUGUUUGACCCAGCCCCACAGAGAGAAGAUCCGGGCGUACCUGGACAGUGCCUUGAAAUAAACAAAAGGGUCCUGAACGCUGAAUGUUUUAUUUCCUUUUAGGAUGAGAACUUGUGAUUGGUUGCAAUGCAACAGUGAUUUUGAUUUAGGCCAAUUAGAAGUUUGAUGUUAGGCCAACGUAAAUGUUUGUUGUCAAGCUGAACAACUUUGUACCUCAAAAGGUUUUAUACAUUGUGUACCUGUUGCACUGAUUGACACUUUCUCAUUUUAUGCUCAGCAUUACUGUGUGGAAUGUUUUUGUAUGCCUUAUAUACUGACCUAGUAAUGUAAGUUAUUGACGCCCAGUGGAGUUUGCUAUUUAUUUUUACCUUUGGUUUGAACUGUUUUUAGUGUGUGAAGAAACCACAGUGGUGAAUCUAGAAGUUAAAAGUAGAAAAUGAUAUCACAAAAAAAGCAGAGCUUUAUAUUGCAAAGUGUUUUGAAAAGUUUUGUUUCAGCAUGUUGGACACGUCAGACUCUGGUGCAGUUCUUGUCUUACUGUUGCAAUGUUAAGAUUUGAAUUUUUAUUUAUUUUUUUUUGUCUUGUAUCUUCUUAUAUUCCUGCACAUAAUGGCAGCUUCUUAGUACUGAUUGUGAAGAUGGGUCUCUUUCUGAUUGUAUUUGCAGGACAACAUUUAUCCUCUGUGACUCAUUCAGCUUCUCAUGGUAACAUCGUCUAGCUUAAUUGUCCCUAGCAAAUGGAUCUAUAGGUGCUCUGUUGAAUCAAUAAAAUUUGUGACACUGUCA